AUGGCGUCCUCUCUCACACUACAGUCUACUGUCAAGCUUCCCAGCGGUCAUGAAAUGCCGCUACUUGGAUUUGGUCUCUGGCAGACCCCACCCGACGAAGCUGAGAGGUGUUGCAAUGACGCACUCCGUCUGGGAUACCGACACAUCGACUCGGCUGCCUCGUACCGUAACGAAGGCGGCUGCGGCAAAGCCAUCCGCGCCUCGUCAAUCCCCCGCUCAGACAUCUUCUUCACGUCCAAGGUGCGCGUCAUCACCUAUGACGGCGCCAAGGAGCAGGUGGCCAAGACGCUGGCGGAGACGGGCCUCGACUACAUCGACCUGAUGCUGCUGCACUGCCCCUACGGCGGGUCGGCGAACCGCAAGGGCGCGUGGAAGGCGCUGGUCGAGGCGGUCGAGGCAGGUAAGGUCCGGUCCAUCGGCGUCAGCAACUACGGAGUCCACCACCUCGACGAGUUGGAGAAGCACAUGGCGGAGCUCGAGGCCGAGAGGCCCGGCGCCGGCGGCGUGCUAAGCGUCGGCCAGUACGAGAUCCACCCUUGGUGUGCGCGCGACGACGUCGUCGGCUGGCUGCAGAAGCGCGGCGUCGCCGUUGAAGCCUACAGCCCGCUGGUGCGGGGUGAGCGCUGGGGCGAACCGGUGCUCAAGAAGCUGGCGGAGAAAUACGGCAAGACAGAGGCACAGGUGCUGAUCCGCUGGAGCCUGGACCAGGGCUUCGUCCCAUUGCCCAAGAGCGUCAAUGAGGAUCGUAUCAAGGCAAACACCGACGUGUAUGAUUUCCAGCUGACGGCCGAAGAGGUCAAGGAGCUCAAGACGGAUGAGUACAAGCCUGUGUGCUGGGACCCGGUCACCAGCGGCCUGGAUAACUAG